UCUGCAGCCGCAGCAGCAGCAGCAACAACAGACCAGUUACGUCUGAGGUUUCACAUCAGCACCAGCUGAUGAUCCCUCAUCGUCGUGCAAAGUCCAAAAUCCAAUAAUCGCAACACCACUAGUGCCUGAAGCUCUACGCGCCGCAAGGGCAGUAAGCCAUAGUGUCCCGAUUCAGCUUGUACCCUCCUGCUCGUCCGCCUCCUUGCCAAGAUGCACUCUCUCAGGCUGGUGAACAAAGUCAAUGUGACGAGCGCCGAGGCUGUCAGCAGGCUGAGGCUGGUUGACACGGCCACACGAUGCAUUUCCACAACGGCGUAUCGUUCCUCGGGCAAGCCAGAGAAGUCCAACAAGCCUGCCCCCAAGUCGCAGUCCUUUGUGAUGAACAUGUUUCGAGGCCAUGUGCAGGCCAGCCAGGUCUUUCCAUACCCUCAAGUAUUAGACGAGGAGCAGGUUGAUACGCUUCAAAUGCUUGUUGACCCAACAACCAAGUUCUUUGCGGAAGUCAACGAUCCUUUGAAGAAUGACCAGUUAGAGAAGGUUGAAGAUCAAUCUUUGGAGGGGCUCUGGGAGCUUGGGGCUUUUGGUUUGCAAGUACCUCAGGACCUUGGUGGUCUAGGCCUCAACAACACACAAUAUGCCCGCCUUGUUGAAAUUGUUGGUGCAAAUGACCUUGGAGUGGGAAUUACUUUGGGAGCUCAUCAAUCAAUUGGAUUCAAGGGAAUUUUGUUGUUUGGAACACCAGAGCAAAAAGCUAAAUAUCUACCCCGAGUCACAACUGAGAAGCAGUUUGCUGCCUUCUGUCUAACAGAGCCUUCAUGUGGAAGUGAUGCUGGUUCCAUUAAGUCCCGAGCGGUUCCCUCUCCUGAUGGAAAACAUUGGGUUUUGAAUGGAAGCAAAAUUUGGAUCAGUAAUGGAGGUUUGGCAGAGAUCAUGACAGUCUUUGCUCAGACCCCUGUCAAAGAUGAGAAGACAGGGGAGGUAAAGGACAAAGUUACAGCAUUCAUUGUUGAGCGCUCAUUUGGAGGUGUUACCAAUGGACCCCCAGAGAAAAAGAUGGGCAUCAAAUGCUCUAACACUACUGAAGUCUACUAUGAAGAUGUCAAGAUUCCAGUUGAAAAUGUUCUUGGUGGAGUAGGAAAUGGAUUUAAAGUUGCCAUGAAUAUUUUAAACAAUGGCAGAUUUGGCAUGGCUGCUGCUAUGUCUGGAACCAUGCGUUCAGUAACCAAGACGGCUGUUGAUUUUGCUACACAAAGAAUGCAGUUUGGUCAGCGCAUUGAUUCUUAUGGUGCCAUUCAGGAAAAGAUUGCUCGCAUGUCGACGUUGCAAUAUGUCACUGAAAGUAUUGCUUAUAUGAUCAGUGGAAAUAUGGACAGCGGCUCUCAGGACUAUCACCUUGAAGCAGCCAUCUCUAAGGUGUUUGCUUCAGAAUGUGCAUGGUAUGUCACUGAUGAAGCUAUUCAAAUCAUGGGAGGCAUGGGUUUCAUGAGAGGAUCUGGUCUUGAACGAGUAAUGCGUGAUCUUCGUAUCUUCAGAAUUUUUGAGGGUACCAAUGACAUUUUGAGGCUCUUUGUUGCACUGACUGGUAUUCAGUUUGCAGGUGCACAUCUUAAGGAGUUGCAAAGAGCUUUUAAAAACCCUGCUGCUAAUUUGGGUCUUCUUCUUGGUGAGGCAAGAAAACGGGCCAUUGCUUCUGUUGGCCUCGACUCUGGCCCAGACAUGACAAAAUAUGUCCACCCUGAAUUGAAGCCAUGUGCUGAGCAAGCAUCCAAGUGUGUGGCUGACUUUGGAAGGACUAUUGAAACAGCUUUAAUAAAAUACAACCGAAAAAUUGUUGAAGAGCAGUUUGUUUUAAAUAGAAUUGCUAAUGCAUCUAUUGAUUUGUACACCAUGGUUGUGGUUUUGUCUCGGUGCACCCAAUCUUUGAAUAAUAAAUCUCCAUCUGCACAACAUGAGAAACUCAUGACAGAGCUCUGGUGUAAUGAAGCUUCUGCAAGGAUAGAGAAGAAUUUGAAAGCCCUCUCAUCAAGUACCGAGUUAGGAAAUUUCUCCAAAAUGGCUAAUAUUUCUAAGAAUGUCUGUCAGAAUUCUGGCCUUGUUCAGAGUAACCCACUUGGCUUCUAGUUUCUUCUUAAAUUCAUGCUAACAGAGGUCAACUUAAUACACAUAUGAAACAAGCCUUUUAAUUUUAUAAUCUAAAUUUAGAUAAGACUGGCAUAUUUCCUAUUGUAUAAUAUUUUUGGAGGGUACAGCACUUUUAAGUCACAUGUACCUGCUUGAACUUAAUCCAAGCAAAUCGAGUCUUAAGUAUUAUUAUUUUGAUAUGAAUGUAGACUUUUUCUCUACACUCGUAAAUUUGUAAAAUCUAUGUUUUGUAUGUGACUUUUUACCUAUGCUAAGUUGCUAAUAUUUACAUUGCCAGCUGGCCUGGGUACUCUGUUUUGUUUCUUUUGUUUCAUUUUAUUGUUCCAUCACAUUCAUAAUCAUGACGUCUUGUCUCUUGUCUUCAGAUUAAUGUCAUAUGUUUUAACGGUUUUUCCUGUCGUAAAGGUUUUUUUUAUGUUUCCGUUUUUUUUUUUAUCAACUUGUACUAUUCGUCAACUAUUUGCGGUACUACUUGUAUUUUAUUUCUUUGUAAUUAUUUUUUCGUUAUUCUGUACUUGUGGGCACAUUUCAUAUUACAUAUUACAUUAAAAGAAGGAUGUCAAAGUGUAAUUAUUGGAUUUGUUUGAUAUGAUUGUCUUGUGAAUACAGUAUACAACAAAAUAAAAACAAAGUCAGCUGCGUA